AUGCAGACCCCAUUAGAGGUGACAUCGGAUGGAAAUUCGGAGCACAAUUCCUCGGCUGACGAGGAUUCCCAGCUCCGACUCCGACUCAAGCGGAAACUCCAGCGGAACCGCACUUCCUUCACCAACGAACAGAUCGACUCCCUGGAAAAAGAGUUCGAGCGGACGCAUUACCCGGACGUGUUCGCGCGGGAGAGGCUGGCCGAGAAGAUCGGACUCCCCGAGGCCCGGAUCCAGGUCUGUCAUGACAAAAGUCCAAAUUUCCGGUCGAGUAAGAAAUAA